CAUUUUCUACCCCAGACACGCUUCUCUGCGAGUCAACCGCGUGGUACGUAUUAUUUUACCAUCCCGUGCCAGUGAAUUAUUUUGCGCCCUAUCCCUUGCCCGUCGCGUUGGUAGGAAACCGGCGACAUCAAACCUCACACUGACCGUUUUCACUUCUUUCAAAGUGAGAAACCUUCCGCGCGUCCCUCCCAAAGAACGGGAAAGGAGAGAACAAGAGAAAGAAAGGGGAGGGUCAUUCUGCUUUCUUUCCCGGGCUCGAAUAAACUCGUCAUCUACCGUUCCCCCGGAAUUCUACGGCCUAAGCCAGGGGUUGUUCCACGCGCUAGCUGGUAGAAAGUGUUCAAGGAUGCUGUCUACUAGUUGGAGAGGUUUUGGUUUUGGCGUGUAGCCAUCUCAUUAUGUCGCGUUCCUCGGCGGGUUUUGCGGAUUUUUUUCCAACUGCACCGUCAGUCCUCCAGCAAAAACGGUCUAAAGCAACCCGGGACCGACCUCGACCUCAACCACAAUAUCAAAUCCACAACGCUCAAGACGAUCAAGGUCUUUUAGGUGCUGCGGAGGCAGCCCCUCGUGCUACGCAUAAUGAUGGAUCUUCGGAGGCAGUUCAAGACGCUUCCACAGGCGAUGGGAACACACAUUCCGAGCACGCCGCCGGCAAGCCUACAAGUUUUUUAAACGCGGGUGUCGUAUCUUCCACUCACAGCAGGGCUACAACAAGCUCGCAUGAGGCGCAUCCCGACACACUCACACCGCUCACCACAGCCGACGUGUCUCCUUCUCACAAGCACAGCUCACCUCAUGUCAAGGUCCCCGCUGGGACUGUUGGACAAGGGUCGGUGGUAUCAAAGGCAGAGUACCAGAAGCUUGAGGCGACCCCUCUCCAAACACCUCCGACGCCGAAAUCGCAAAGUUGUGCAAUUGGUAGCAUUACUGGCUACAAGUUGAUAUACGAUCCUGACACCGACAAACGAUCCUCGAAGGAAAAACGCAAGAAACCUCGCUAUAUGGACAUCAAUUUAACGGAGCUGAAUGAUUGCCCGUCUGAUCCUCGACUUACUAUACCGAACUACAGACGGGGCGCCGGCUGCAAACAAAAAGCAAAAUUUCGACCAGCACCCUACACCUUGAAACCUUGGCCAUAUGAUUCCUUGACAAGCGUAGGCCCUGGGCCUCCUGUCCAGAUUGUUGUCACCGGUUUUGACCCUCUUACACCCAUCACAUCAAUCAAUGCUUUUUUCUCGAGCUUUGGGGAAAUUUCAGAGAUAAACAAUCGAACAGAUCCUAUUACCGGCAGGUUUCUCGGGAUAUGCUCCAUAAAGUACAAAGACAGUGGAUCUUUUCGAGGUGGUGGACCGGUUCUUGGAGUCAAUGCGGCCAAACGCGCUUAUUUCGAAUGCAAAAAGGAGCAGCGGAUUGGAACACGCAGAAUCAGGGUCGAGCUAGAUCGGGACGGUGUCGUUUCCGAGAAGAUUGUCUCCAGAGCUGUCGAUGCACAAAAGAUCGGACAUAAAGGCCAUUUGCAUACUGCGGAAGAGACAAAACCGGAACAACAGGCGAAACAAGAGCCUCCACCAAUGGCACCGAAAGGGCCCUCAGGAAGAUUAUCCAUUCGAUCAACGGCGGUGGUGCCCGAGGGACCAAAAGUGAGCUUCAUAAAACCUGCGGUCCCAUCAUUAGUCGAAGAUAUUCCAAUCCUGAAUCAGAUCAAACGCGAUCCAUACAUCUUCAUUGCACACUGUUACGUUCCAGUUCUCAGUACAACCGUUCCACAUCUCAAGAAGAGACUGAAGUUAUUUAGCUGGAAAGAUAUCCGCUGCGAUAGAACAGGAUAUUACAUCAUAUUUGAGAACUCUCGACGUGGCGAAGAAGAAACUGAGCGUUGUUUCAAAUUGUGCCACAUGAAACCAUUAUUCACGUAUAUCAUGAAUAUGGAAAACCAACCUUACGGAAAUCCCGGCUACGAGCGGAGCCCCAGCCCUGAACGAUUUCAAGCGGAGAAACGCGCGAGAACGGAAAAGGAGAGGCUCAAGAAAGAGGCAGACUUAGAUCUCGAGGAGGAAAAGAAGCAACGCGCUAUUGACCUCGACCCUUGCAAAGAAGUGCUUGCCAUCAUUGUUCGGGAUCUAAAGGACAAACUUCUCGAAGAUGUGAAGUCGCGCAUUGCUGCGCCGGCCUUGUAUGACUAUCUUGACCCAGCUAGACAUGCGGCUAGAAGGAAGAAACUGGGUAUCGCAGAACCAGAUGGCAUUAGAAGACCAAUGUUUCGCAUUGACUUUGAUAGCCGACUUGAAACACCUGAUUCUCGUUCUGAAAUAUCCAAAGCGGGGAGCCCAUUUAACGUCUCUGGUCUCAACGUUCUCGCACUUCCGCGAAUCAGGAAGGCCCGCCGUCUUGAUUCCACAAGUGCCGCUUUCUUAGAUGAGAGACGCAAGCAACCCUUGCGGAGGAAAGAAGUUCGACCACUUUAUCACCGGCUGCAACAGUUGCAUGAAGAUGAUGACUCGGACGAUGAACAGAGAAAUUCAUCCAUCAAAGACAUUGACGAACAAGAAAGUCGACCCCCCAGCCGGAUAAGUUCACCAACAUCUGAUUCCGACGGUGGCGAUGGAUACGUCUCAACGUUCUUGGAGGACUCGACUGCGAAAGAUUCGACACCCGAGGCAAGGAAUUCAGAGUCUGGGGAUAACGAUGGGACACUCCAGGGAGAAUCGCUGACAAAGUCUAUACGGUCAGGCAGUCGUGAACUUUCUCCUGCCUCGCGUAAAAGAAAAAGGCUAAGCGAAGAGCUUCUAGCGCGAAAGAGGCAAAAAGGAGAUGAGGAAAUCUUUAGUCCCAGCUCAAUGGUCGACGAGCUAGGUCAACACACUGAAGAAAUCUCAGGGUUUCACGGGGCUGCUGAUGACGAUGGUAUCGCGGUCGGGCAGCAUCUUCAUACGCUACAGAGUCUCUCGGCCCAUGGAGACAAAGAUUGGCGGAAAGAAACAACCAGGGCAGAACCAUCACUGGCAAACCUGCAAAAUAUUGAUAUCGGUUCUCCCAUCUUUCUCAAUGGGCGUCGAGUUUUGCUGGGUCCCCUUGAUGAAGUUGGCACAGAGCGACGGGAGGGAACAAAAACAGGGGUUCUGUGGAAUGUUUCAAGUGAUGAACCUCGGUCAAUUGUCGAAGACGAUGAAGCAAUAUUCAUGGACCUUGACGGUUGGCAGAAUCUUAUCAAGGAUGAAGAGGAUUUGCGCUUUCUCCGAGAUAUCCUGAUCGAACAGCCAAAGUCCAAUGUUGGAAGUCUCUCGGCGUGGGCAUGGCGACAGAAAGAGAUCAAAGCACUCAAUGGGCCUGGUAAUGUGGGCCCCGUACAUGAGGGAACGGUCAUCCAUGGCUACUAUGUGUCCAAUGAGACAGGUGCAGCUCGAACUGAAGGUCGGAAGAGAAUCCUGGAGUCCGAGAAAUCAAAGUACCUCCCACAUCGAAUCAAGGUCCAAAAAGCGCGCGAGGAACGUGAGGCCAAGGCAAAAAUCGAUCCACAUGCAGUUGCUGCUGAGGCGGCAAGGGCUGCAGUGGCGAAGACCAUUUCUAAGUCAACAUCCCGGUCAACAAGGGUAAAUAAUCGUCGUUUGAUUGCCGACAUCAACGCUCAAAAACAGGCUCUCCCCACACAAAGUGGUGACGGUGACGUCCUUCGUUUCAAUCAAUUGAAGAAGAGAAAGAAACCCGUGCGUUUUGCUAGGUCUGCCAUCCACAACUGGGGCCUUUAUGCCGAGGAAAACAUAACCGCGAACGACAUGAUCAUUGAAUACGUCGGAGAGAAAGUCCGACAGCAAGUCGCUGACAUGAGAGAAAGGCAAUAUUUGAAGAGUGGAAUUGGCAGCAGUUAUCUAUUUCGAAUUGAUGAAAACACGGUGAUCGACGCCACCAAAAGAGGGGGUAUAGCUAGGUUCAUCAACCAUAGCUGUACACCUAACUGCACAGCCAAGAUCAUCAAAGUGGAUGGUAGCAAACGAAUUGUUAUAUAUGCUCUUAGGGAUAUUGAAAGAGACGAGGAACUUACAUAUGACUACAAGUUUGAAAGAGAAUGGGAUAGCGAUGAUAGGAUACCAUGCCUCUGUGGUUCAACCGGGUGUAAAGGCUUUCUCAAUUAAUAAUGCAUGCCAGUUAUGCCCACAUGCAGUCUUUCCCGCAUAUGUUUAUGCCUGUGCUCUUUAACUAUUCCGUAGGACAUUUGCUCAUUCGCCCCCCUUUUUUUAGAAUACUUUGACAA